AGAGUUCCCCGUGGAAAAUUCGAGAAUUUCACUCUAUUGACAAUUCCUCUUUUUCUUGUUUUUUGUUUUUUUUGCUCUGUGCUCUCUCUGGGAAGUUAUGGUAUUUGUCACCCAAAUUCAUUUCGUUCUGCUUUGGACCCAUGGAUUCUGAUCGUCACAGAAACAGAAAGCCUUCUCAUACCUUGUUUCACUCUCGCUUCUUCCUCUUUGGAUUCUAUUGCUGGGACUGGGAAUUCUUAACCGCUCUCCUCCUUUUUAGUUCUUCUUCAUAAACUUCUCAAUCCCCCCUCCAUAAAUAUACUUGAUUUUCUAUUUUCCCCUCUUUUUCUUUUUACAAUUACAUUAGAUUUAAGUGAGAAAAAAGUGAAUAUUUUUUUUUUUGGUUGGAUAAAAGAGUAAAUUUGUGAGGUAGGUGAAGGGUAAAUCGGGAAGAAAUGUCGCAGCGGUCGGCACCGGCGCCGUUUUUGUCGAAGACGUAUCAGUUGGUGGAGGAUCCGACCACCGACGACGUGAUUUCGUGGAGCGAAAGUGGCAACACUUUUGUGGUGUGGAAACAUGCUGAUUUCGCUAAGGAUUUGCUUCCCAAGUACUUUAAGCACAACAACUUCUCAAGCUUUGUUCGCCAGCUCAACACCUAUGGAUUCAGAAAAAUCGUUCCUGACAAAUGGGAAUUCGCCAACGAGUAUUUCAAGCGAGGACAGAAGGAGCUUCUCGCCAAGAUCAGUCGGCGGAAGACGGUGGUCCAAUCGCCGGCAACCGGAAAAUCCGGAGGCGGUGGCGGAAACUCCGCGUCGAACUCUGGCGGCGACGACAUGGGGUCGACAUCGACGGGAUCUGUGGAGACAACGACACACUGCGGCGAUUUAUCGGGCGAGAACGAUAAAUUGAAGAAGGACAACGAGAAAUUGAGCUGUGAGCUGGCGCGGGCGAAGCAGCAGUGCGAGGAGCUGGUAGCUUUUCUGAGGGACACUCUCAAUGUGGGCCCUGAUCAGAUAAACCGCAUCAUUCGGCAAGGAACUUGUGGGUCCAGCAACGAUGCUGUGCGUUUUGAUGAUAACAAUAAUGAUAAUGACGAAAAUGUGUUAGGUGAAUGUGAAUGUGAAGGUGAAGGUGGAGAGAGUUUGAAACUGUUUGGGGUUUGGUUGAAGGCAGAGGAAGGGAAAGAAAAAAUGAAGAUUGAUGCUGCCAAUGGUAACUGCCGCAAGAGAGGGCGCGAAGACCCAAUGGGUGCUGCUGCUAAGGAGUUGAAGACUGUUGUCUAGGACAUAUGACAAGGUUGUCCUACGUCAUCAUGAAAAAUUGUUUGGCUUUUAAUCCUUAGGUAAUAGUUGUUAAUUGAUGGUGUUUUGUAGUUUGGUUUGCUGAUGCUGUGGAACUGCAGGACUAAAGUAAACAAUACUAAUAAAUAAUGAAGCAGUUUAUAUUUACAAACU